GCAGGAAGGAGAGACGUCUUGCGCAUGCGCAGUAGCAAAACAAACAUCCAACGAGCUGUCUAGCAUCCUUAAUAUUUACACUUUACUGAGAAAUAGGAAGUGUCAACGCUAAUAAGAUGACGCAGACGACUCGUACCGGGAGGUUACGAAAGGAGGUCAAAUACACGGAGUCGGACAAUGACCUGUCGUUCUCCCAGUCAAUGAGUAGUGAGGAGGACCUUGAUGAAUGGCGACCUCCGGAGCCCAAGGUAUCUAGUGAGACCACCAUAGACCCUGUGUCGGGGAAGAAGAAAACUGCUGCCAAGAGAACUGCUAAGCCCAAGGAACCCAGGGCUCCUAAAGCCCCCAAAGAACCAAGGGCUCCUAAAGCCCCCAAAGAACCAAGGGCUCCUAAAGCCCCCAAAGAACCGAAGCCCCGGGCCCCAGCCAAGACACCCUCAAAGCAGAAAGCUUGUGUGCCCAGAACCAUCAAGGCCUCAACAUCUACCAUGGGGCCUGGCAGAAAGAGGAAGCAUGAGGACCCGGUGGCAGAGGCAGAGAAGCAGGGGGGCAGGGAUGGAGGCGGACAGUCGGACCAACCCAAUAGUUACUCAGAGGGAGGAAAGCCCAGUGUCACCAUGAAGAUGGAGAGGCAGUCCUUCACUGUGGCUGACGGCCCUCUCUCAGGGGGCUGGGUGGACGAGGCGCUGUCUGGGACAGGCAUGGCAGGAAAGAAGGAGGAGAAUGAAGACUUUACCUUUGAUGAGUCUUACGUUAAGAGACAGAAGACCAGUGGCGCCCCUGAUGGACAGCCCAGUGCCUUGUCGUCACCUGCCGCACGGGCUUUGAGGAAUGAACUCAACAUGAACUGGGACCUGAUAGAGCUCUUGUCCACGAUGACUGUGGUGGAGCGCUGGGUGUGUGUGAACAUAGUGAAACUCCUGCGGGAGGAGAACACGGUGCCUUUCAUGGUGCGCUACAGAAAGGACAUGAUCAACCACAUGGAUGCUGACGCUGUCCGCGAUGUGCAGCUGGUGUACGAGGAGAUAUGUCAUCUCUCUAAGAAGACUCAGUCAGUUAUCCAGACACUGAGGAAGGAUGGCUUCCUGAAUGCAGAGCUGGAGAACAACCUACGGAGCUGCAGGUCGCUGGAUGAGCUGGACCACAUGUAUUCGCCGUAUAAGAAAGGCAGUAAGCUGAGUAAGGCUCGGAGGGCCAGAGACCUGGGCCUGGAGGAAGCUGCUGUCAUACUGUUGAACCGGCCGAAUGACCUGGUUAUCCAGUCUUGGGUCAAGCCUGGCAGUGAGGGUCUAUCUUCAUUGGAGGAGGUGACGACAGGUGUGAAACACAUCUUGGCUGAUAUGAUUGCCAAGGAUCCAGAGUCCCUGGCCUACAUAAGGACACUGUGUGGGAACAGCUUUGUGACAAUCCAGUCGUCUGUGUCCAAAGUGGCCCUGAAGGAGCAGGAAGGGGGCAGCCAGCCCAGUCAGAGCCAGGCCAAACCUGGGGCCAAGCACAAGAAGACCAGGGACAUCGACAAAUUCCACCUCUAUUUUGAUUUCACUCGCCAUAUUCAGCGCAUCCAGGCUCACCAGACCUUGGCUAUUUACCGCGGGGAGAGUCUGAAGAUCCUGACAGUGAAGGUGAACAUUCCCGACAGCGUGAAGAGUGACUUUACGAGGUGGUGCAUCAACUGCAGAUGGAGGCCUAAGAUGUUGGGGAGACCAAGUGAUACUAAAAUUAUUGGGGAUGCAGUAGAGGAUGCAUAUAAAAGACUCAUUCUACCUCUACUUACCAGAAGCUACAGGACCAAGUUAUCAGCAACUGCUGAGAAGGAGUCUAUAGAUAUGUUUGUGCGUAACCUUCGCCAGCGGCUUCUAGUGUCUCCAAUCAGGGGCUCCGUCAUCAUGGGGGUCGACCCGGGCUUCACGCAUGGCUGCAAAAUAGCAGUUCUCUCCCCUACCAGUCAUAUCCUUCAUACAGAUGUGCUCUACCUGCAUAGGCCUGGCCAAAGAACAGAGGCAGACAGACUCCGCCACCUCGUGCUCAAAUACAGCUGUAAUAAGGUUGUCAUUGGCAACGGGACAGCUUGUCGUGAGACGGAGGCUUUCUUCGCCGAUCUGAUCAGCCGGGGUCUUUUUCAGCCGCUAGACGUGUCCUACUGCAUCACUAACGAGGCGGGGUCAUCCAUCUACAGUGUGAGUCCUGAGGCUGUGAAGGAGAUGCCAGAGCUGGACCCCAACCUGAGGAGCGCAGUGUCCAUUGGCAGACGUGUUCAGGAUCCCUUGGCUGAGCUGGUGAAGAUCGACCCCAAGCACAUAGGAAUAGGAACAUACCAGCAUGACGUGCAGCCGGGAGCUCUGAAGGCAGCGUUGGACGGUGUGGUGCAGGAGUGUGUGAGCUUCGUCGGAGUAGACAUCAACAUCUGCUCUGAGACACUCAUGAGGCAUGUGUCGGGUCUUAACGCUGGGCGGGCACGGAGCAUCGUCGAGUGGAGGGAGAAAAACGGGCCUUUCUUCAACCGGGAGCAGCUCAGACUGGUCAAAGGCAUGGGGCCCAAGAGCUUCCAGCAGUGUGCCGGCUUCAUCCGUAUCAACCCACACAACCUACACAGGUCCUCUGUUAGCUGUGACUCCGCUGCUCCAGAGAAGCCAGCGGUGAAGAAGAGCAAGGGGAAGGCUGCCACCAACAUACCAAGCACACCAAACCCCUUCGACCAGACCUCUAUACACCCCGAGUCCUACCAUGUGGCUGAGAAAUUGGUGUCCAUAGUCGGUGGCAGCAUGGGCCAGAUCGGUAGCGAGGGGCUGCGGAGGUGUGUGGAGACCCAGGUUCAGGCCAGCUGCCUGGAGCAUCUGGCCAGGACUCUAGACACCAUCCCUGAGACGCUGCAGCUCAUCGUGGAGGGCCUCACCCAGCCCCCCGGCUUUGACAUACGCCAGGGGUUCGAGCAGGCGGACUUUAAGCGUGGGGUGGUGUCCAUGCGGGACCUGCAGGUGGGUGCGGUGCUGACGGGCCGGGUGGAGAACACGGCCCUGUUCGGGGCCUUCGUGGACAUCGGUGUGGGGAAAUCCGGCCUCAUACACAAGAGCAACAUCACUGCAGACAGGCUGCCCCCCAGCAAGCGGGGCCGCAGCCUGUUCCUGGGCCCCGGGGAAAGGGUGGAGGUACGGGUCCUCAAUGUGGACCCACAGAGGGGCCGCAUCGGCCUGGACCUGCUCAGGGUCCUCCAGUAGGAGGCUGGACCUCCUCGGACCCCUCCAGGAGGAGGUGGUCCUGUCAGGACCUCCUCAGACUUCUCCCGGAAGAGGUGGGCCAGUCAAGACCUCCUCAAACUGCUCCAGUGGGAGCUGCUCAAGAAUGGACAUCCUUAGGCUCCUCACCUAAAUGAAGGACUUUAUGAUGUUAGAAUUAUAUUUUUUCAUUUUUGGAUUUGAAUUUGGAUUAGAAUUACGUUCUUUCCAAAUAUUUUGACACAUAAUAGUUAAACCUUUCACGUUAGAUGCUUGAAUCUACUUUUUCAAACAAGUUCAUGAAGAUUCACAACCAGCAUGAAAAUAACGUUCAAUUAAACACAUGCCCACAA